AUGGCUCCAGCAGCAUUCCUGAUAAACCAUUGUAUCAUUGUGGAUGAUGAAAAUGAAUUAUGGUUUGUUCUAAAUGGUGUGCCCAUUAGAUACUCCAUAGUUGAACACGCUCUCAUAUUCGGAUUGAAAUGCGGUGAGUAUCCGGCUGGUUGGGAAUAUAUGAGGAAAAUGCAGUUUAGAGUGAAGACUUUUGGAAAUCGAAAGGUGUCUAAGGAGAGUGUGAUAAGACAUCUCGAGAAGACGCCAAAUCAAAGGGCUGUUGAUAGGAAGAAACUGACUGUUAUCAUGUUGCUCAGAGAAAUACUAGAUCAUGACACCACAGAUGAAUUUAUAAACCAUGAUUUGGUGGACAUGGUGGAUGAUUUGGCUUUCUGUGAGAGAUUUCCAUGGGGACGCUACACAUUUGAUAGAAUAAUUGAUCAAGUUAGAAAGAGCUUCUGA